AUGGCUUCGUGUGUAUCCACACCACCCUCUGUAAACAAGGCUUGGAUUUACAGAGAACAUGGAGAAACUGCACACGUUUUGAAGUUUGAAACAAAUGUGGCUGUUCCUCAAAUCAAGGAAGACCAGGUGCUGAUCAAGGUUGUUGCUGCAGCUCUUAACCCAAUUGAUGCCAAGAGGGUCCUUGGCGUUUUCAGGGCCACUGACACUGCUCCGCCUAUAGUUCCAGGGUAUGAUGUGGCUGGUGUAGUGGUGAAGUUGGGAAGCAAAGCCAGCAAAUUUAACAUUGGGGAUGAAGUGUAUGGAGAUAUCAAUGAGGAGGGUAGCAUAAACCUGAAGAAGUUUGGGACUUUGGCAGAGUACACUGCUGCAGAAGAAAGAUUGUUGGCUCUGAAGCCCAAAAACCUGAGCUUUGUGGAAGCUGCUAGCCUUCCGGCGGCUAUUGAGACAGCCUAUGAAGGGUUGAAACGAGUUGGGCUUUCUGCUGGCCAGUCCAUUCUUGUUUUGGGAGGCGCUGGGGGUUGUGGAACUCAUGUUAUUCAGCUAGCAAAGCAUGUAUUUGGUGCCUCCAGAGUAGCAGCCACUGCGAGCACUAAAAAACUUGAUUUGCUGAGAAGCUUGGGUGCUGAUUUGGCUAUUGACUACACUAGGGAAAACGUUGAAGACCUGCCUGAGAAAUUUGAUGUGGUGUAUGAUGCAGUUGGUCAGUCGGAUAAGGCAGUGAAGGCAGUGAAAGAAGGGGGAAGGGUGGUUACAUUAAUAGGUCCAAUAACACCACCAGCCUCCAUGUUUGUGCUCACCUCAACUGGGUCCAUUUUGGAGAAACUCAAGCCUUACUUGGAGAGUGGGAAGGUGAAGCCAGUGAUUGAUCCCACAGGCCCGUAUCCAUUUUCUAAGACCAUAGACGCAUUUACCUACCUUCAAACAUCCAGGGCUACUGGAAAGGUGGUUGUGUAUCCCAUCCCCUGA